AUUCCAUUUAUAAUAAUUUAUAUUCAAUAUGCAGUUGUUUCAUGUUAAUACUAUUUGUGGGUCAGAUCUACGAUAAACCAGUUGAGUCUCUUUAUUAUAAAACAAAAAAAAAAAAAAAAACAACAACAAUUGUAUCUAGUUCAAUUCAUUAUUUCAUUUUUACCACUUUUAUUUUUCAAUUACUUCAUUAUUUCAUUGAUGCAGUAUAUAGUGUCUAAUCUUUUAAACAAAUUAUUAUUUCAAGAGUAAGCACGAUAAGAGAUGCUUGUAACUAUUUAAUACGAAAUGUUCAUACGAAAUACAGUAAUUAGUCAACAAUCGGAUCAAUUUCUUCGUUCAACUUUUUUCAACAGUGUUCUUCUUUUGAUAUUUCUUCACUUAUCGAAUGCAGAUAUACAUUUGAAAAGAAAUGUCAAUAAGUAUCUAGAUUUACUAGAGAUUCCAUCAGAGGGAAAAAACAAAUCUUCAGUGAUUGAAGAUGUUUUAAAUCGACAGCAGCGUGAUAUUCAAUUGAGUAUGGAGAACUACAAGUACCCCAAAAGCAAUCAUGGAUCAAAUAUCAGCGAUAUUGAUGACUUGCUGAUGAACAAAGGUGGAAGACCAUUGAGAAGUGUCAUCCUCGGUUAUUGGCGAGGUGGAAGUACUUUUCUUGGUGAAAUAUUAAACUCUCAUCCAGCAAAUUUUUAUCAUUUUGAACCGCUGCUAGAUUUUGGAAUUGUACGGAUCCGAAGUCCUCCUUUAGCAGAAAAAGCAAUCGCUAAUCUCAUUGCAUUGUUCAACUGCGAUUAUGAUAAAUUACAGCAUUAUAUUGAAUACGGAAAAACUACCCCUUGGGGUUUUAAAUACAAUCCUCGCUUGUGGAAAAAUUGUGAGACUUAUAAAGAUAUUUGUUGGGAUUCUAAUUAUCUAAGAGAAUUUUGUCGAUUGUUUCCUUUUCAAUCGAUGAAAAUUUUAAGAUUGACAUUGCAAAUUGCUCAAGUUUUGCUGCAGGAUGAAAAACUUGGAGUUCACAUGGUUUUAUUAGUAAGAGAUCCACGAGGACUGGUACAAUCACGCAAACACCCAAAAUGGUGUCAAGAUAGCCAUGAUUGUUCAGAACCAGCACUUUUAUGUGCUGACAUGGUGUCGGAUUAUCAAGUCGCCGUCCAGCUUAAAGAGAAAUAUCCACUGAGUUUCAAGGUGAUUCGCUAUGAAGAUCUAUCUACUGAUCCAAUCUCUGAAUCAAAGGAGCUGUUCAAUUUUUAUGGUCUCAAUUUUCACAGUGACGUACAAAAUUAUUUAGAGACUCACACAUUGAGUGACUCUGGUGGUAAAUUUAGCACCUUUCGUAAUUCAAAAGCUACUCCAUUUCAUUGGCGUGAUGAUCUUAACUUUGAAGAAGUUCAAGAGAUUCAACGUGUUUGCUCAACUGCUAUGAGACUGUGGGGUUACGCGAUGGCUGCUAACCAAACUCAUCAAAAAGAAUUUGAUCCAGUUAUUAGAAAUUAUCGUCUUCUUUGAAUUUUUAUUGUAAAAUAAUAAUAAAAUAAUCAACAGUUUCAAUCAAAUUAAUUUUUACAUGAUAUCA